GUGACUCCAUUUCCUCGAGCAUUCCCGUUUCGUCUCAUCUUCUUGUGCCGCGAUCAACUUUGCUAUUUUUCCGAUACAAUGUCCUUUAAUCGAGGAAUAAAACGAGAUUCCUUUGGGAAUCGAAACUUCAACAACCGAGGAGUAAGUGGCAGUGGUGGAGGAGGCGGUGGAAGAGUUGGAAACAUGGGUGGAGGUGGAGGCAGCAUGGGUGGCAACAUGGGUGGUGGAAUGGGAGGUGGUGGAGGUGGUGGCAGUGGCGGACUGAAUCCUUGGGAAGGAGGAAUGAUGCCUGGUAGAGGGAUUCUACCAACUCCAAACAAUAAUUUAUCUUUAGCGUCACCCCAAGCACAGUUGGCAAUAGCCAGUAAUCUUCUCACAAAUUUACUUCGUACCCAACAAGAUGUACAGCAGCAGCAGGUGCCAUCACUCCUCAGUCUUGGGAAUAAUUUUUCUGGGCCUGGGCCAAAUUUUUCAAAUCAACAAAACUUUCAAUCCGGACGUUUUAACGAUCGUCCUGUAAGGCAUCCGAUGAAGAAUCAGCGAACUCAACCAUACAAUAAGAUGGGCAAUCGCGCCCGCGAUGGCCCUGCUGGGCGACGUGGUCCAUCUGCACAACAAUCUCGUGCACCCCAGUCUGGCAGUCAGCGUAUGAAUGGAAACCAAAAUCAACAUCGCAACGAUAAAUCUUCUAAACCAAUUCCUGCCUCUAAACAAAAUCAGACUGCCAAAAAGGAACAGCAGGACGUUAAGACCUCUGAUAAUGAAAAAGCAGAAGCACCUGUUGUGAAAAGCGAAAACAAGGAAGAGUCCGAAGACAAUAAGCGCGAUUGGAAGGACGAGAAGAAAGAAUCCCUGGAUGCUCAAGCUAUUGAAACCGAAGAAGGUGAAAAGUCUCUUGAAGAUUCUGAACAGAAAACAGAAACAGACGGUACCGAAGAGGGGGCAAAGGAGACAAACGCGGCUACAUCUGAGAAGGAUUCGAAGCUUACUGGCAAGAAGUCCGAAGCUAGACACGCUGAGAGUCGUUACGCAGAGGUUCCAAUGAACCACAUGUUCUGUCACAUUUGUAAUAAGCACAUGUGGGACGGAUAUUCUUUCGAGAAUCAUUUACGAGGACGAGCGCAUCAGUUGAUGAUGGAAAAGUUAGAUGAAUCGUACAAAUUGAAAGUUGAUCUGAUGAGACACGAGUUGAGAGUAGCAGAAGAACAACGUGAACUUAGUUUGACUAAUUCGAAACGCCGUGGAAAAAAAGUUUCCGUGGACCUGAACGUCAGAGAGUAUUGUACAAUGUGCGACUUAAACUUUUACGGUACUUUAUCAACACACAGGAAGAGCGAAAAGCAUCAACAGCUGAAAACAUUUUUGCAUCCACGAUGUUUCCCUUGCCUGAAAGAAUUUCCGUCGCGUAUCGAGUAUGAUGAACAUUGUUUGUUGCCCGCGCACAUGAAGAAUGCUGUACAGUGUGAAGAACAACGAAAGAAUAAGAAAAAAGAGAAACUUGCAAAGGGAGAAGCCGAAGUACGGACUAUCGAGGAUGAAGAAAAAGAUGUUGGUUCUGAUAUUAAGAACGAAAAGGAAGAAGAGCCUGUUGGAGAACAAGAGUACAUUACAGAAAUUACUGAAAACUUGGCAGAGAAGAAAUUCAAGAUACCAUCGUAUAAGUACUGCCGACAGAAUCAAAUUUCUAUCGGGAAAUCUAUGGUGAAAGAAGUUGAAGGAUUUUACUGUGAAAAGUGUCGCAGAUUCAUGCUCUUAGCGGAUGAUAUGAAUGCCCACUUGCGCAGUAUCACUCAUUACCGUAACUUCGUGCAAGAAGUAAAGUCUUUAACUUCCAGUAAUGAAAGUACCGAAAAAUCAGCAGACAAAUCUGAGACGAACGAGAAUGCAACGGAGAAUAACAAAGAGUACGAAGGAAACUGGAAGCGUAGAAAGGUCGCUAAUUCCGAAGAGGGAGAUGACGGGGAAGCAAAAGAUGAAAGCAUGCUGGAUGAUAGUAUGCUAGAUGAUAGCAUGAUAGACAAUAGCAUGAUAGAUAAUAGUAUGCUAGAUAGUAGCGCUGAUAAUGCAAACGCACAGAAGAAGCCCGAUGGUGACGAAAAGUAUGAUCCACUCGAGGCUGACGCAGAUUCCGAGGAGGAAGAACGUCGCGAAGGCGCGAAUAAUAGCCAACAAGAUACGCUAAAUGAUUCCAGUACACAGGAUAAAAAGACAACACCGGUCGACAAAGCAUGGGCCGAUAUCGAUAAUGAUAAUGACGCGGAAAUAGGUAACUUAAUCGACGACGCGGAGGAGAAAGAGCAACACAUUGAGCCUGAGAAACCUACACCGAAAGUCGAAAGAGAUCAAAGUCCUCAAGUAAAGCCAGCCCGUGGUCGAGGAGCUUUCGCACGUGGUCGCGGCAAUCCACGAGCACGAAGAGCUCGACGAUAAUACCAUUUCUAUUUCAAAAUUGAAGUAAGCUUGGAAUUACCGUGUAGUUAUUACACCUUUUAGUUCAAUCUUUUAGAUUUCACUGUUUUUUUUAUCUUCCAGUCAUCAAUAUUGCAUAUAAUUUUACUACAAUCUAUAUCCAUCGAUACUAUUUACUUGUAUCUUCGCGCGGAGGGAAACACAAAGAAAGUGAUUAUUUAUUUAUCCAAGCUUACUGAACAAACGUUUCUAAAUUACUUACUACUUAUAAUGAGUUGUAGUCCAUACAGAUUCUCAAAUAGAGAACAAAUAGGUUUGAAGUCGAGAAGAAGAAAUAGUUAUACUCUCGUGUAUCAUGUAACUAUUCUAUA